CAAUUUCAAUUCACUUCGUGGUAACCGAACGAAGACGUAGUGCAUUUUAGAUUGUCCAACUCAUUUCAAAUAUUUAUUUAUUUUCUCUAUACAGUACGGUUGUGCGUUUACUUCUUCUUCUUCUUUUUCAUAUGCGAAUAGGUAGCGCGGGCCACAUAUUUAACUAGUUUUCGCAUUUUCAAAAGCAAUUCCAGUGAGUGAUUUUUGCUUGAGCGCGAGUGCCUCGAAUUCAACUAUCAUUGAAAAUAUGAACGGUAACUGUGCAAAUGGAUACAUAACGCCAACGGAUUGAAAGUAGUGACAAACAAUUCAAAUAACUUUGAUACACAAACUUAAAUGAAAUAAAUAAAAUAACAUAUCAAAAUCACACCAGUGAUAUUGUGCGAAAAAAUCCAAAGAUUUGUUUUAUCCAGUUUUUGUGAGUACAUUGUCUUCGGGUGCUAAACUCCAAAUAGAUAUUAGCCAAUUCCGUCAGCACUUUUGCCAGUUAAAAAAGAGAGAACACCAUCAGCUGAAAAGAAAUGUCGGAAGAAAAAUGCAAUAAAUGAGCAGAAGUGAAAAUAUCUCAAGAAUGGUGAAAAUGUAAAGCAUAAAGUGAAAAUAAUUCUCAAAGCGAAAAAAAAGAGAGCAAGAAAUUGAGUUAAGCAAAAUAUGUGCGUUAUAAAACUGAUAGUUUAUGAAUUGAUGUUGUCCCAUAAAUAAAGUGAAUGAAAAAAAAGGUGUUUGCAUAACCCGAUCGCAUAGUGACGUUCUGUUAAUAGAUUAAACUACGACCAAAACCAAAAAUCAAACUUAAAAGAGCAAAAAGAAAAACUGAGAAGAAAAAGCAUAUACACUCAUGUUUAAUACACCGUUUGAAUAAUAUUUUAUUUUAUUUUUUGUUCAUGUUUGUGCAUGACAACGAAAAGAAACGAAACGCAAUAUUCAACACGGCAAAAUGAUGGCAAAGCAAACAUAUCCAUACAUCCUAGGCUAUGUAAUCACAAUUAUAUUAAUACUUUCCAAUGUUAAAAUUGUUUCUUCAAACGAAAAAAACCAGUAUGCGACGACUACGACGGCGGCGGCGGCAACCACAACAUCAACAGCAACAGCGUUUCCAAAUGCUGCGCUCGAAGUUACUGACGUUUCGGUAGCGAUUUCUUCGACACAACGGUUUCAUGCAGCAACAACGAGUACGGCCCAUGUAUAUCCAAUGUCCAAGAUGACAUUGCACAACACAAGUUCGACAACAUUAGACGAAGAACCGAGCAAACCAAAUGACCAGAAAGAAGUACAUAAACAAGUGGAUCGACCGACGAAUAGCGGCAAAAACAGCAGUAAUCGUAUGCGUAUAAAUAACAACAGCAAUAGUAAUAGUAACGUCGAACAACAGAGACAGAACGAUUAUCUAGUACAACAAGAUGCUGAGAAUCCAAAGCAGCUGUUAUCAUCGAUACACUCGUUGUCAUUGCAAGACGCCGUAGACGUGCAAGCAAAUCUAAGCGAAAAAAAUCAUAAUCAUGCCCAAGUUAUUAUUCAACAGCGUAACGAUGUGCAGUCAACAACGCCACCACUUAUUUACCAUGAUCAAUUUAUGAAUGAAUAUAAAAAGACACCAUCGAACGCAAUCGAAAGUAGUACGGCUAGUAGUGCAGAGGUAUUGCCAGCCAAAGCGAAAACUAACAUCGAAAUGAGAUAUGUUCAACCAAAUGAACACAAUGAACCAUUGGAGCACAACAACGGUGCCAGCAUCAGUCACGGCAGUAGUAGCGGCCGCACCGUCAGUGGCAACAGAAGAAGUGAGAUUGGCACAAACGAUGAUAAUAACAACGAUGAUUCACGUAAAAGUGAUGAAAUUACAUCAAUGCCCAUGAAAAUUGUACGUGAUAAUGUCAAUGUUGCUUCCGAUGCUGUUUCCCGUCUAAAUAGCGAAGAAAGCGAUGGCGCAACGAAAGUGAAUAAAACAUUUGCCUUCGACAACAGUAAAUUGUUGAGUACUGAUAAUAAUAAUAAUAAUAAUAAGUAUCAACGAAGAGAGCAUCGUGACGAUGGCAUUGACGAUGAUGAUUCGUUCUCGCUUGAGGAAUCCAGUCAUCUAAAAUUCAAUGAAAGAAGUCGAUAUUUGGAAACGGAUUUAGAUGAAUUUGACAAUGAUGAACCAGAGCAAAGUGAUGUCAAUGUCAACGAUCAACUCGAAUGGCCUAGUGAUAAAUUUGAAGAACUAACGCUUGACGACAUUGAUGAUAUGAACAAAAAAUCCACCAACAUUCAUGCACGUAGUUGGACAAAAGAUGAUUCGAUGGAUUCAUUGCAGGAAUCAAUCACACCGAGAACAGCCACUGCACAGCAAAAUAUUCUCAAAAUUUCCAAAUCAAAUAAAUCAAAGUCAAUAAAGCGUUUGGCAGUUGGCAGCGCUACAGUUUCUGAUGCAGCACCACCACCACAAUUACCACAGGCUUUGCUCGAAAUACGCCUGAAUAAAUCACCGCCAAUGUCACCACCAAACGAAAAGCAAUUUAUCAAGUCGCAGAGUUUUCGUUUUAUUACAAAUUUAUACGAUCAAUACGAAUGGGAUGCGGAUGAAUUGCGAAAGGUAUUGAGCCCAAGGUGUGCCAGCGAUAUGUAUGUGUACUUGGAUGCUCUGAUCAAAGGAAAAAUUUGGGCAGCCAAAGCAAGUGAUGCAUCGGGAAGAUAUCGUGGACAGUUUAUGUUCGACAAUAAUCAUUGGUUGGGUUCGAUUUUAGAAUGCGAUGGACUGGCAAAAAUCGAUGAAAUGGAAGUUAGUUUUUUCGUCGCUACAACAUUGGUUGCUAGCCCUGAACCAUUGAUUGAGAAACAUAUUUUACGUGUGGGCCAAUGUCUGCCUGCUAUUUGUACAACCGAAGACGUUAGGUCAAUUUUGGAUGCCGAUCCAUGGGCUCGGAAAUUUAUGGACAAUUUUGUGAAUGCAACAACCGAACAAGGUCGUGCCGAUAUAAGCGUUCUAGGUGUUCGACGGGUACCAGGAGACUACAGUGCGUGGAAAGAUCGUCAAUUUUAUAUGGUUAUUUUCAUUUGCAUAACAUUCGUUGGGCUAACAGUUUGGGCAACAAUUUACGAGAUUUCAUUAUCGAAUAUGCGACGAGAAAUGGAUGAUGAAAAUGUUUUACCAUCACGACAAGCCAUACAUCCGAUUCACAUAACAAAAGCACCAAAAACCAAUGGACAACAACAACAACAGCAACGCAUUUAUUCGUACGAAAACGCAACCAUCGGCUUAGAAAACACCGAACCAACAUUAAAAAUAGACAAAAUUCACACAAACAACAUUAUAAAUGGAUGCACAUUAGAAUUGCAUCCGAUUUCGAUUGAACAUAACAAUGGAAACCAUCUGGCAAACAAUAAUCGAACGGCUCUCUAUCGAUUGAACACUCAAUACAACAAUAACAAUGCCAAUAACAUCAACAAUAACCAUCAUGCUGGCAAUAAUGAUGAUGCAAACGAUAGCAAUCAUUUGAAACGGGGACUUAAGCACAGCCGAAACGGAUCAACGACAACAACAUAUACCACGAAAACAAUGCGAACACACGAACAAAACCAUUUAAGUAUACCACAACAAUUGUUGCUGAGCUUUGCACUGCCCACAAAUAUUAAGACAAUUCUAUCGACGAAAAAACUCCCGCAGGAUUCAAUUGGUUGCAUUCACGGACUGCGAGUUUUUUCAAUGAUGUGGACUAUAUUGGUGCAUACUUAUUUACAACUGUAUGCUGUAUCGGAAAAUCGGUACACCAAAAUAUUACAAGAGAAAACGUUCUGGUUCCAAAUUUUAGGGAAUGCAAGUUACACAGUCGACACGUUCUUUUUCAUAAGUGGUUUUCUGGUGACACUUCUCUUUUUGCGCACCAAAACCACAACAAAAACUUCAUCCGAGGGUCAUUUCAUCAGUUUCGUAGCGGAAGCCAAACAAAGUUUUUUGUUAGUGCUUUAUCGAUAUAUACGGUUGACACCAGUUUAUUUUAUGGUGAUCAUCAUCAAUGCGGUCACACUCAAGUAUGUUUAUAACAAAGCAGUAUUCACACCGGGCCUUCCUGAUCACAUCACAUGUCCAAACUAUUGGUGGCGCAACAUUUUAUACAUUCAAACAUGGUUCCCGUUCACGCAAUUGUGUAUGCUCUGGGCAUGGUAUUUGGCAGAUGAUAUGCAAUUCUAUAUUUGGGCCAUUGUCAUUCUCAUUCUAUCACGACGAUAUGGGCGAACAGCUGUUGCCUUAAUCGUAACAUUUUUGCUCGCCUCAUGGGUUGUAUCGGCGCUGGUCUCAUUACAUUUCAAUUACACGCAUAAAGUUGCGGAGCCGCUUGAAUCGUUUGGAUACUUGUACGAGAAACCAUGGACGCGACUUGGACCGUACGUGAUGGGUAUGAUUGCUGGAUAUAUACUUAAUCGCUAUAAAUCUGCACCGCCGGCUAUAACUCCGUUUAUCAACAUUGUGCUGUGGACGAUGUCAUUGAGCGUCAUGUUGUUGCUUGUAUUUGGCGUGUGGAAUGGCACACUAAAUCUUCUAUGGACCGCUCUUUAUGUUAGUUUAGGUCAUUCAGCCUGGGGUAUGGCGCUAAUUUGGAUUGUAUUAUCGUGCAAAUGGGGAUUGGGCAAACCAAUCGAUAGUCUGUUAUCACUUCGAGCAUUGUUGCCAUUAAGUCGGCUCACAUACUGUGCGUACUUGGUUCAUCCUGUAACACAAAUAUCGGUAUCACUAGACCUCAAAGGACCAAUUCACAUUGACCAUGCAAUAGUAUUUACCAUAUUCUUAGGAAAUGUCGUCAUCGCUUAUUGGGUGGCUCUAAUCUUGGCACUAUUAUUUGAAGCACCCAUUGUGCGACUCCUAAAAAUACUCUUCUCGAAACAACAGUAAUUUAUAUUUAGGUUACAUUAGAUCCACAUUAUUUUAUAUAACCUUUUAACAUAAUUAUGAAUGGGUGUCAUUGUUUUAGUAUUAGGAGAAAAAGAGAAGAAGAAGAUUAUGAUGAUGUUGAUAAUGUAUGUUUAAAACUGCAUUUUAUUUUGUAUGAUGAUGUAAAUAAAUUACACGGCAACAUUGU